AGAGAGGCCUUAGGGCGGUAAAUGUAAGGAAGUCCUGACAACUUUUAAUAAGGACUCACCACAUGAAGAGGUUGAGAAAUCUGGCCUGAACCAAUGCCUUUAAUUAUACAGUAUUUGGGAUUCAUUGGGAAGCGCUGAAUAAGAAUGUUGGCGUCUAGGGCAUUUAGCCUAAUUGGCAAGCGUGCCAUUUCCACCUCCAUCUGCUUGAGAGGACAUGCAGGUGUUGCGAAAGUGGAAGACUUCAGUCUUCCAGGUUACACUGAUCGUCGUGACAUUCCUCUUCCUCAACUGGAAUACGUAAGGAAUCUAUCUGCUGAGCAGAAAGCCCUGAAAGAAAAGGAAAAGGCAUCAUGGAGUGCCCUCUCUACUGAUGAGAAGGUUGGAUUGUAUCGUAUCAAAUUCUGUGAGACCUUCGCUGAAAUGAAUAGGGGAUCAAAUGAGUGGAAGACUGUUAGUGGUGGUAUGCUCUUCUUCCUUGGCUUCACUGCCUUAAUUGUCAUUUGGCAAAGACUGUAUGUUUAUGGUCCUGUUCCUCACACCUUCUCUGAGGAAUGGGUGGCUAUGCAGACCAAGAGAAUGCUGGACAUGAGAGUUAACCCAGUCGAGGGCUUCUCGGCCAAAUGGGACUACGACAAGAACGAAUGGAAGAAGUAAAAUCACUCCUGGGAUCACUGGACCUGCUGUCCACUUGAAUUUUAAAUGAUUCCAUUACCUACAUGUGACCUCACUGCUUAUGUACUGGAACAAACUCCAUUUAAAUGAUAAUAAAUGUCUGGUUUACUUGAAA